AGCGCUCGGGCCCCUCGGCGCGGGACCGAGCCCCUCCAGUGGCGCCCGGCGGUGCGGGCGGGCCUCUCCCGCCUCCACGCGCGCGCACGCCCGCCGCGGCCCCGCGCACUCCGCCGCUUCGCCCAUCGCGCCGCGCAGACAGCCGCUCGCCGAGCCCGCGGCCGGGGCCCUGGCGUGCAGCGCGGGCCUCGGCGGGGCCCAGCGCCCCGGCCCGGGAGGAUGCGGCCCGGGGCGGCCCGGGAGCUGAGCAGGGCCCCCGCGCCGUCCCCUGCGGGCCCCGGCUUCCAGAGCCGCAGCCGCCGCCCCGCCCCCGGGAGACAUGACUUCCAAGCCGCAUUCCGACUGGAUUCCCUACAGUGUCUUAGAUGAUGAGGGCAGCAACCUGAGGCAGCAGAAGCUGGACCGGCAGCGGGCCCUGCUGGAGCAGAAGCAGAAGAAGAAGCGCCAGGAGCCCCUGAUGGUGCAGGCCAACGCGGACGGGCGGCCCCGGAGCCGGCGGACCCGGCAGUCGGAGGAGCAGGCACCCCUGGUGGAGUCCUACCUCAGCAGCAGCGGCAGCACCAGCUACCAAGUUCAAGAGGCCGACUCACUUACCAGUGCGCAGCUGGGAGCCGCCCGCCCAACAGCACCAGCCUCAGCCAAGAGAACCAAGGCAGCAUCUGCAGCGGGGGGCCAGGGCGGGGCCUCUAGGAAGGAGAAGCAGGGGAAGCACAAAGGCACCAGCGGGCCAGCUGCACUGGCAGAAGACAAGUCUGAGGCCCAAGACCCGGUGCAGAUCCUGACUGUGGGCCAGUCAGACCACGCUCAGGACGCGGGGGAGACGGCAGCCGGCGGGGGCACACGGCCCAGCGGGCAGGACCUCCGUGCCACGAUGCAGAGGAAGGGUGUCUCUAGCAGCAUGAGCUUUGAAGAGGAAGAGGAGGAGGAGGAUGAAAAUAGCUCCAGCUCCUCCCAGCUAAACAGUACCACCCGCCCCAGCUCUGCUACUAGCGGGAAGUCCGUCAGGGAGGCAGCCUCGGCCCCCAGCCCGACAGCCCCGGGACCCUCGGCGGAUGUCGAGGUCCAGGAUCUUGAGGAGUUUGCACUGAGGCCAGCCCCCCAGGGUAUCACCAUCAAGUGCCGCAUCACGCGGGACAAGAAGGGGAUGGACCGGGGCAUGUACCCCACCUACUUCUUGCACCUGGACCGCGAGGAUGGGAAGAAGGUGUUCCUUUUGGCGGGAAGGAAGAGAAAGAAGAGUAAAACUUCCAAUUACCUCAUCUCUGUGGACCCAACAGACUUGUCUCGAGGAGGGGACAGCUACAUCGGGAAACUGCGGUCCAACCUCAUGGGCACUAAGUUCACCGUUUAUGACAAUGGAGUCAACCCUCAGAAGGCAUCAUCCUCCUCUACUUUGGAAAGUGGAGCCUUGCGUCAGGAGUUGGCAGCUGUGUGCUACGAGACAAACGUCUUAGGUUUCAAGGGGCCGCGGAAGAUGAGUGUGAUUGUCCCAGGCAUGAACAUGGUUCACGAGAGAGUCUCCAUCCGGCCGCGAAACGAGCACGAGACGCUGCUAACACGCUGGCAGAGUAAGAACACGGAGAGCAUCAUCGAGCUGCAAAACAAGACCCCUGUCUGGAAUGACGACACGCAGUCCUACGUACUCAACUUCCAUGGACGCGUCACACAGGCCUCCGUGAAGAACUUCCAGAUCAUCCAUGGCAAUGACCCGGACUACAUUGUGAUGCAGUUUGGCCGUGUGGCAGAGGAUGUGUUCACCAUGGAUUACAACUACCCACUGUGCGCGCUGCAGGCCUUUGCCAUCGCCCUGUCCAGCUUCGACAGCAAGCUGGCCUGCGAGUAGAGGGCCCCCCUGUGCCCUUUGGGGUUGCCCAGCCUGGAGUGGAGCUGCCUGCCUGCAGAGACAGCCCUGCUUACCCUCUCUGUACAUAGGCCUCCCGCCAGAUGAACCUUCAGCUCUCAGUGGCGCCCUGGCCCAGCCGGCUCAGACCGGACUCCUGCCUCCACUGUGGAGACAGGACCAGGUGGGGGAGGUGUGUGUGUGAGGGGCCAGCGUGAAUUCUUCCUGGGCCCCAGGGUCCGUACGCACACUCCCACUCUUGAGUUAGUAUCCUGCUGCAGCCGUGUUUGCCAAGCUGGGCAGCCUCUUCAGCUGGGAAGGUAGGAAGAAACAGAGGGAGAGGAAGCACAAUGCAGGGCUGCUGGGGCCCAGCCAUCCACUCAGUCUAGGAAUCAGGUGACAGUGGGUCCCCGACAGUGAAGGGCACAGUGUGGGUGUGUAGGUGUGUGUUGGGUACAUCGAUUUUAUAUAGAAGGGCUAGGAUUGGCCUCCAGGCCCUUUGCUGACUCCGGAAGGGCUCAGCCAGGCUGGGAGAAGUUACGGGGGUUGGGGAAAGGUGAGUGGCAAGAGCUUGUCAGGACUGCGGGGGUCCGGCUGGCGAAUUGGUUGGUGGCCCAGGGUUCCCGCCCAUUUGGUUCCUCUAGGUUUUCUGUGUGCGCACGGAGGCAGCAGGAGGCCGGGGCCUGCGGGCCCCAGGCUCAGCAUGCGGGAGGUACACGGCACACGCUGCCUGAGGAGCUCUCUGCGGGGCAGUUUGUGCGGAGUGCCCAGGAGACGCGGACGGGGCCGGGCGCCCAGCCUCAGAGGGCACUCAGGUAGGCAGGCCUGGGCCUCUAGCUGGCAGGGCAGCGGUCCUAAGCCAUGGCGUGUUCUGGGAAGAAAGUAGCUCCAGGGGUUCUGGCCGGUGCCUCGCAGCCCCUGUGCGCAGCCUAAGUCGGGGCUGCUGAGGCCUUGCGUGUGGUUCUUCUGGGCUGGGAAUGGGACAGGGUGAAGAAAGGCAGGGAGUACGUUAGAACCACGAGAGAGGAGAGGUGGCAGAAGCCUUAGAGAUGAACUAGUACAACGUGUCACUUUAGGGGAAUCACAUUUAGAAGAUGGACUUGCACCGGGUCACCUAGCUGGUCAGUGGCCGAAUUCAGAACUUCCGCCCCCUCGAUUUCUUUGUUCCUACCAUCCCCCGAGAAACUGCUUUCUCUGGUUCUCUGGCCUUCCUGGGCCCCCGGUCUGCAUGCCCUCCCCCUUUUGUCUGAUUACAGAGACUUAGAAAUGUCGGAGUUGAUGUACGAAAUUGAAACCGUUCUCAGAGGGAAAUUAGGCAGUUUCCUGCUGAAAGCUGGCUUUUUGAACAUCAGUCUAAUCAGGACUGCCCGGUGUCUGGCUUCUCCCCGAGGGCAGGCCUCACGAAGGCCGUUGCGCCUUUCUCUGUUGGGGUGUGGUGGGUGAGGCGUGAGUGUUCCAGGGCGGGGCCUGAUCUCCACCAUCCUCCUCUUCGGAUGGCACUCUUGACCCUGAAGCCUAGGGAACGCUAAGCUCUUGCCUGCCAUUGACCCUGGCCGAGGCUGCUUGCCCAGACGGAGGCCAGAACUCAGUGGGAAGCAAGCAGGAGUUCUUCCCUUCAGCGGAGAUGUGCUUGGAAAGGCUGCAUAGAAAUUUUUGGUUUAAAUAAGUCCUACUUGAAACAUUCGAGUGAGGCUCUGUAGUGAGGGGGAGUGGUUCUGACUGAAGUGGUAGGUAGCAGUGUGUUCUCAUUUCCUUAGAAGAUUUCCUAUGUGGAGUGUUCUAGCGGGGAUCUGGGUGAGGCCCCUCUACAGGACUGGUUUCUGGACCACUCCUGGGGUCAUUCUGAGGGCACUAGACUUUUUCACACUGGGGCUGGUCCACUUUUCCACAGUCCCAGUUGGGCUCUUACUCUCCUGACUGGGAAGAGACCUGUUGACAUUUGGGAUGGUGGAAGCUAGACCUCAGAAGUCUGGUUUAAGCUGUUUCUCUGGGUCUAGGAUUUUAGAGUAGAACAGAUUGAUCUGAGAGGAAAGCCUGGCGCCAGUGUGGAAAAGGCAGAAGCACAAGGGCAAACGCUCACACCCUGCGUUCCAUCGAAUAUGCAGGAGAGGACGAGGAGGGGUUAGGAACGUGUCUUGAGCUUCCCAGCCUAGACGUGGGGACGGUAGCUCAGCAGCAAACCUCUGUUGGGCACAGAGUGACAAGAGCAGUUGAGUCACCUGCUCGAGACCCAGCUUCACAAGGUCUGUUCUUAAGACCCCAUUCCUGGUGAUGCUGGUUUCCCUGACCACUGGUCGCCUAGCCAUGGGCCCAAAGACUCAAAAAGCUGCCAGGGCCCCUGGAGACCACCUGGGCUCAGCAUCUCCCAGGGUAAGAGCUCUUGUUCUUCACACCCUCUACCCAGAUGGGACUGGAUGAUGGAAUGAGCAAGCCCUAAGGGUGGUGGGCAGCUGGGACCUCAGGCAGCUCCUUCUGUCACUGCUCCUGGGGCCACACCCUCUUCCCCCAAACAGCUCUUCUGUAGAGCUGUGAUGUUCACUUUCCCACUCUUUCCUUCUGGCUCCAAGGUGCUCUGUCUCUGUGUGUCUACGUGUCUGUGUAUAUUUGGGGAAAAGGGCAAUCUGCAACUCACCCACUGAGGUUUCUUACUACGAUCAUUGUUCUAAGGAUGAGUAGGAAAGGAAUAAGGAUAUUACGAUUACCUGUGGAUUUUGUUCAUUUCAUGCUCUUUGGUCAGAAAGUAAACCUGGGAAAGUACCAGCUCUUUCUUGGGAGAAAGAUUAGGAGGAUACCGUCUAAGAAAUUUGCAUUACCUGAAGAAAUUGGUAUGUUACAUGCAUGCUUUGGGAUGAAUUUGAACAUAGUCUAGUGAAUGUGCCUUAAAAAUCACGACACUAGUUCAGAAGGAGCAGUUAAGGUCCAGACGCAUGCUGAAGACAGGUGUUUGUUAGAAGCCAGCGAGUGUGAAAAUUUGGAGUCUGUGUCCUUCAGUGACGAAAGGGGCAACAAAAUUGCAGAAGCUUGUCUUUGGUCUGGAAAUUUUAGAGGAAAUUCUAAAUUUAAUAAGCAGUGGUGGUGAUUUCAAACCUCCUAAGGACAUGCUUUCCUCACAGUGUGGUCCGCAGUGAGGGGAGACGCUGGGCGGCCCGUGGCUCUGUGACGCAAGCACAAACCCUCUCCUGGCUGGAGUCCCUGGUGGUCCCUCACUGUGGCAACACUGGCCGCCCCUCCAGAAUUCUUUGCCCCAGCUGAGCUGUACCUGUGACCUCCGAGCACACUUUUCCAGAGCUGAAGGAGUCUGCUGUGUUGUGGGGCCCAGCACUGAAUGGUAGCGGCCCCCAGGAACAGACCAGGGGAAGGGCUCCUGUUUGUGCUGGGUCCCUUUCUGUACCUCCAGUUUGCAAUCUUGCCAUCUCAGGAUAUGGGGGGGGGGGAGGCAUAGCAGAAGCGUGCGGAUAGAUUUAAUUUUCUGACCACGUUGCGAGGCACGGUGGUCUUCUAGAGCUAUGUGAUUCUGAGCAAACCACAUGAUCUUCCUAGGUCGUUUUCUCAUAAUUAGGGUGAAUGAAAAAUUGAUCUUUGCUUUCAUCACUACCUUUUCUGGCUCAUCACUGUGCCUUUUUUCUUUCCUCAGAAACCUGUCACACCCAUUCCUCUCUCCUGUUCUACUGCCCCUCUCCCUUCCCCCAUCAGGGUCCAGGCAGAGCUGCAGAUUAGGCCAAGAUCCAGAGUUUCCUAGAGUGUAAUUUUGAGUGGCUUAGAAAGGGAAGCCUGACUCUGGCCUCUUUAAUCCUGCAGAGUUUCAAAGGGGACUUGGUCAGGAUGGGGGGGACACUUCUCUUGCUGGGAUUAGCCAUUUAGCCAGUUUUCCUAAUGCCUAGAAUAUGUAUGUCCAUUUGCACAAGAUUGUCCUUUCCUAUUCUGGAGUGGUCAUUUUAUUUUUGUUCCAAAUUAUCUGGAGUUUUAGACAAACUUGCAAAACUGUGCUUUUAUUAAGUGACUUUUUGAAUAAACUCUUUGCUAUUCUUGAGCAAAUGUAUUUAUUUACUGGUAUGUGCAAUGAAAAAGUUGGUAUUUUCCCAUGUUGACGUUAUAUAUGUUGUAGAACUUAGUGUUUGUCUAAGGACAGACCAUAUAGCAACAAAUUAAACUUGAACUGUUUAAAUA